GGUUGAAAUCCGGAACGCAGUUUGCCUGAUUCGUGUCUUCGAAGCCCAAGAAGACUGAUGCGCAACUCCGAGACAAAAUGAACAUUAUCGGAUUGAAAAUGCUCAGUUAUUCAGUGAUCAGUUUCGUGGUCCUUUGGACCAGUCUGUCAUCGGGCAGUCUGUCGUCGACCAGCGAACUAUUGGAAUGUCGAGCAAAUUUGACGGCGGCGAUAAAAAACGAUACGACGUUCCUGGAGAAGGUACGCCAGUCGGACUACAUCUUUACGGGAAAGGUGAAGGAGCUGCAGCAUGGACAGCUGCUGCACGUGCGCGUCAAGAGGGCGAUCAAGGGUGCGCUAAACGUCACCGUCGACCUCGUGGUAAACGAUACUUGCGGCCGUUACAUCAGGCGCAGUUACACCGGCAUCUUCAUGGCGCGUCGCGGUGCCAACGACGUUGGCAGGAUCGUGAUGCACUUCGGCCCGGUACCACUUACGCUCGCCAACCUCGACAGGCUGAACGCCGCCGUCAGAGGUGAGCUCAGGUGCCGCCGUCAGGCAUACCGUUUCGUUCUUCGUUUUCACGGAAUGCGAACGUGGCGGGAACGUUCGCGCUUUAACGAGACACUUUAA